GACGCGUCAGUCUCAACCACAGCGCGCUAUCUCGCACGCGCGCCCGCCGUAUUACCGCGCGUAAAAAGUUUGACUAUUACCGAAACUUCGCGAACUAUGUUAUUUUAGAGUGGACAUCGCAUCGUUUGUGUAUUGUUAUGAUCUGUAAUGGGAUGCACGGUCGGUGACGUGUGGGCCCGUAGCCGGUUUCCUGAGGUGGCCAGCUUGAUGCUGCUUCAAGGUGAGGGCCGUGAACGGCCAGUUAUGGACGAGGAAUGCUCCGCCCGGCCCUGUGCCACUGACUUUUCUAUUGCGGCUAUUAUGGCCAGGGACAGGCAGGAGAGGCGAGAGAGACGAAGACAUAGAGACCCUAGAGAAGAUACUUUGACGCCUUUAGAAAAAUUCGUUGAUGCCACCGCCUCAGCAUCUGGGUCGCCAUCCCCACCUCUACCCGAAUUCGACAGAGAUUCCCCUGUAGAUGUCUCAUCUACGUCAGAGGCCGGUUCCAUGAGUGGGGGUCCUGGGGGCUCCAGGGCUCUCUCCCCUACCCCAAGAAACCCCUUGCUCGCAGAACGGUGGUCCAGCGAAGAAAUGAAACACAUACAAUGUCAUUUAGAAACGAAGGAACUAUGGGAUAAAUUCAAUGAAUUGGGGACAGAGAUGAUCAUUACAAAAACUGGAAGGCGCAUGUUCCCGACGGUUCGUGUCUCUUUCGCGGGAUGCCGCGCAGAGGCGCGUUACGGCGUUCUACUAGACGUGGUGCCCGUGGACGGCAAACGCUACCGCUACGCCUACCACCGCUCGUCGUGGCUGGUAGCGGGCAAAGCGGAUCCCCCGGCGCCCGCGCGUCUCUACCCGCACCCUGACUCUCCCUUCUCGGGUGAUCAGCUGCGCAAACAAGUUGUCUCUUUUGAAAAGGUCAAGCUCACCAAUAACGAAAUGGAUAAAAACGGACAGUUGGUCCUGAACUCCAUGCACAAAUAUCAACCACGCAUACACCUAGUUCUCCGACGUGAGGGUGCGGUGAACGCUCCCAUAACAGAUCUGGAGCAAGAGGAAUUCAAGACAUUUAUCUUCCCGGAAUGCGUGUUUACUGCUGUGACAGCGUACCAAAAUCAACUUAUCACGAAGCUUAAGAUAGACAGUAAUCCGUUUGCAAAGGGAUUCCGCGACUCAUCUCGUCUUACGGAAUUCGAAAGAUUCUAUAUCACCGGAGAGCACGAAAGACCGCCAACGUUCUCUGACGAUGCGCGUUUCGGCGCUUCGAAUUAUAGGGAGACGAUGGAAUCCAUGCUGGCGGAACAGCAUUAUUUGCGUUCGCCGCUUCGGCCGUUCGAUUUGGACCAGCAUAAUAACAAUUUGACGUUGGAAGAGAAGGCUAUUUUGGCGGCGCGGUCGCAACUCUUCCUUCGGGCUGCGUAUCCACUGUAUGGGGUGCCAGCGGCCGCUCUAUGGGGACAGUGGGCUUGCUUAGCCCCACAACUCCUGGCACAACAACAUUUAGCGUCGGGAUCGGGGCUUCAGCUGCCGAGACCGGUCUAUCCGGGUGGAGUACCAGCGCCGCUUUCUCAACACCGGUUCUCGCCAUAUCCUCCUCGAAGGUCGUCUCCGGGGUCCUCUCCAGACUCUCUGAGGGACCCAAGCCCACACCCUCAUCCAUCACAUACCCCGCACACACCACACCCGCCCCAUAGUCCCACUUAAGACAUGGAUUUUAACGGAGAGUUAUACUUGUAUUUUAUUCAGAUAAUAAUUAGUUUAGCAGAAAUCGUUGUCGCAAGAACAACAGCUUCUAGGAAAGUAAAUGUUUGAUCUAUAAUGAUUAAAGUUUAUAGAUUUUAUUUUCAUUCCAGUAGGCAUACAUCAUGAAAAGAUUCGUAAGCCACUUAUGUAAUAUAUUGUAAUAUAAUAUUUAAAUGUUAUAUAAGACUGUAAUUAUUGUUGUAAUAAUGUUCCUAAUAAUUUUCUGUAGAAAUAUGUAUUUAUCACAUUCUUAGUUAAGGACACAGAGUUGUGUGGGAUUGGUGUUAAAAAUUAAUGAAUCACAAAAGUUUAUGUGCAAUACAACAAUAGAAUAGGUGUUAGUUUACUAUAAAUGUAAGGUGUCUAUGAAAAAAUCACGAUACAUAGAUGUCUCCUUGUAGGGAAAUGGUAGAUAAAAUAGUUAUUAUAAAUAAUAUAUUAAUAACAUUGGAAAUUAAA